AUGACAGCUGGAUCACUUGGUUUCUCCUAUACUUACAGCGUUUCGUAUCACCUUCUUGAUCCCGCUCAUAUAGAACAUGGAGUCUUCGGUGUUGCCCUGCCACAAUCCAUUCGAUACGCUCGAGCAAACAUCAGUUACGUAGAUGAUGAAAGUGGAGAACGUUUGACGGGUUAUAUUCCUAUCAUCAUUGCCAAGUGUGGCUCGCACCUUAAAGAAGAAGGUCUUCAAGUGGAAGGAAUUUUUCGACUGUCAGGGAGUGCAAAGAGAGUAAAGGAACUGGAACAGAUUUUUGAUAGCCCUGAACAACAGUGGGGUGCUACACUCUUAUGGGAUGGCUAUACCGUUCAUGACUCUGCCAAUAUCUUGCGCCGCUUUCUCAAUUUUUUGCCGAACCCAGUUAUUACCCAUCAGUUGUAUCAGCCUUUCAGGGAUGUCAUGAGUAAACUUACUGUUAUCUCAGGUGAUAAAUCAAACAAAUCUACACAAGAACGUAUCUCUGCUUUUCAAACUCUCAUCGAGAGAUUACCACUGCCACAUCAGUUCUUGUUGUUAUACAUUCUUGAUAUGCUUAGCAUCUUUGCUAGCAACGAUGAAGUCAAUCUCAUGAGCGCCUCCAAUCUGGCCGCGGUGUUCACACCUGGUAUGCUUUCGCAUCCCUCGCAUGACUUGGAUCCUGUACAGUACAAAAUAUCUCAGAGAGUAGUGGAAUUUUUAAUUGAA